CAGAGGUCAGGCUUUGGAAAGAGGCAGUGAGAGCCUCACUUUGUCUGGUAAGUCCAAGCCUGGAUCAGGGGACCUUAGUCUGAGAAGACUCUUCCCGAGAGGAAGGUGGGAAGCUGCUGAACCCACAUAGCUGGUCUGGUCUCAGGCCCAGGACUUUGGCCCAAGGACAAAGAUAUCAAUAAAUAAAGCCAGGCCCAGAUGUAAACCUCACAUCUGCCACAAUGCUACUGCUCAGGCUGACACUUAGCCUGGUCCUCCUCAGCUUCUCCUGGGGCUGCAGUGUUCCUGCCAUCACACCAGCACUGAGCUUUAGUCAGAGGACUGUCAAUGGAGAGAAUGCUGUAUCAGGAUCCUGGCCCUGGCAGAUGUCCCUACAGGUACAUACACACUCUAUGGGUGGGGUAGGAAAUGGCUAUCACUUCUGUAGAGGUUCUCUUAUUAGCAAGUCCUGGGUGGUCAAUACCCAUUGCAAUGUCAGUCCUGGCAGCCACUUUGUCACCCUGGGUGAGUAGGACCAAUCGUCCAAUGCUGAGCCUGUGCAGGUGCUGUCUAUCUCAAAGGCCAUUACAUACCCCAGUUGGAACCCCAACACUCUGAAUAAUGACCUGAUGCUCCUGAAGCUCACCUCACCAGCCCGCAUCUCAUCAGUCUGCCUGGCUUUCUCAAAUGAGGAACUGUCUGCAGGCCUCACGUGCACCACUGGAUGGGGCCGCCUCAGUGGCGUGGGCAAUGUGACACCAGCACAUCUGUAGCAGGUAGUUCUGCCCCUAGUCACUGUGAAUCAGUGCCGGCAGUACUAGAGAUCAAGUAUCACUGACUCCAUGAUCUGUGCAGGUGGUGCAGGUGCCUCUUCAUGUCCGGGCAACUCUGGAGGCCCUCUUGUCUGUCAGAAGGGGAAUAUGUGGGUGCUUAUUGGUGUUGUCUCCUGGGGCACUGCUAACUGCAAUGUGCAAGUACCUGCCGUAGAUACUCAGGUUAGCAAGUUCAACACCUGGAUCAACUAAGUCAUGGCCUACAACUGA